AAGACCAACAGUUCCAGUACAUCUUGAAUUCUUCGUCAGCUUCUGCCCAAAGCGGAUUGUGUCGUACAGGCGGCGAGUGAUCUAGUAUAUCGUCUUGCUUCGAAUCCGGGCUAUACACCCCUUCAGCUUCAUACCCCAACUAUCCAGCGCAGGAAGCUAUAUCUGGUCGAAUCGGACAAUGAAAGUGAUCAGCAAUCGUGUUCGUUCGCCACAGAGUGGGGACACUACACUCAUAUCCGAGACCGUCGAGGAGCCCACUCAGAACGCAAUCGCUACUCGUCUUCCUCCUGAGGUUUUGCUCCAGGUUUUUCUCGACUGCGUAGAGGAAGAUGCAGAAGAAGAGGCCGAUGGAUUCAGUGCCGCCUGGAUUCAGAGCCUCGCCCACGUCUGUCACUACUGGCGGGAACUAGCCCUCGACUACCCAUUGCUAUGGUCCAACAUUGUCUUCACUCGUUCCUCCAAGAUCCUUCCCCUGAAGAUGCUUGAGUUGUCGAGGAACGUUCCCAUCAGCAUUCGCGUCAAUCUUGGAUGUGCCCCGCACUCAAAGUUGUACGAAAGCGUACAAGAAGUUCUACACCAUGCACCCCGUGCCAAGGAAAUCAGUCUGGAAAGUGUGGAUUCCGAGCGGUUUAAUAACCUGCUCGCAUCCCUUCCGGCUUCCUUCCCCUUCCUGGAGCGUCUUUCGUUGAAAGGCAUCCUGCUUGACUCACGAAUGAUGGCUUUCCAAGUGCCAUCACAACUCUUCACGAACGACCCCCUGUCGCUUCGCUCGCUAACACUUCACCACUGUGCUACCACAUUCGACGAACAACUCUUUCCUGUCCAUUGCCAUAAACUCGUGAAUCUGGAUCUGUGCCACGUAGGACCGUUGCGCUGUGAUACCAUUCUGACUAUCCUCGAGAACGCUACCAACUUGGAGACGAUAUCCAUUGACAGCGUCACCGGUUUCAUGCCCACGGGAGGUCUACCCGAACCACAGCCCAAUCAAAUUGUGGACCUACCGAACCUCACUCGCCUUGCCCUCUGUGACCAAGCCUUCGCUGUAUUCUCUCUCCUGCGCUACCUUUCUUUCCCUAUCCAAGCGGUCAUCAAUCUACGAUUCAGCAUAGGCACCUUCCUACCAUUCCCCAUCUUUUCCCUCCUCACCUCACAUCUAGCGCGCUCACCCCCCAUGCAAAGUAUCUUACUCCACGCUCAAGACUUCCGCGCCCGUCGUGGGCUUCGUGUCAUGGCAUGGAACAAGAACAUCCCUCCGGAGUAUUUUUACAUCGAAGACCUACCUGCACCCAAAUUAGACGUUCAUUUCUCAUGCACGGACGGUUCAGACGACGCAGCGCUCCGCAUAGCUCUCAACGAUCUCCUGCGCUCCGUCACCGUAUCCUCCGUGCACUCCCUCACCAUAGCCCGCAUCACCCAAGUCAUACCCACAGACCUCUGGUCCGGUCUCCUCAGCUCCUUUGCAUCCGUCAGGGACCUCUGCCUCCACGGCUCUACCGCCAUCCGCAACAUCAGCACCGUUCUCGGGUCGUCUAUGUCCCUACUUCCUAAACUCGAGACAUUAACGAUCUACGAGGCAGCAUUCAGGAGUAGUGCUGGGGCGAGGGAUUUCGACUUUUCGGCGCUGAUGGGAUGUUUGAAGGCGAGGGAGAAGAAUGGGAAGAAGGUGCCGAGGUUGGUGGUAUGUUAUUCGGAUGCGAGGAGGGAGGAUAUGGAGGUGCUUGCGGGGUGUGCGACCGAGUUUGUGUGGGAUGGGAGUCAGCAGGGUAGGCAGAGCGUGCCGGUGCCUUGAAAUAUCAAGCGACGUGUUGUCAAUCUGUGACCGGGGAAGUAGGGUGACCAGCUCGAGUCGAGCUCGCGUUUGUGAAACUUGUAAGUUGACGGUGCAUCUCUUUGUAUCUGGCCAGAAAAUCCCAUUUGAGACGUUGUAUACUCUGCUGUACUGGUAUCGGAGAAUUUCUACUAUGUUGUAACAUUGUGCGUAUGUAGUAUCAUUAUCGCU